GCUCUGUGCUUUGUGUCCUAACUGUCGUCCGGUGGCCACGUAUGGCUCCUUUCAACAGCGGUAACAGCGGCUAACGAGUCCUAUCCCAUAACCGCCCUGACCUUAGCCAAGGGUUUAUUUGUCUUUAACAAACGUGGUGGACUUUUUUCCCCCUUCUUCUUCAUCUUCGUUUGAAGCGCAGAGGACAAAGUUUUGUCUGAAUGUUUCCCGCUGGGACCGUGAAACCGGAGGAGGAGGUGGAGGCGGAGAAGGAGGGGGCAAACGGCUGAGGGGUCGUCCUGUCCAGUCAGAGUAUCUGAUCCGGGAUCUGCUCAGUCAGACAGACAGACGGCGGCUUCUUCGAGGCUGAACUGUCGGAUUCACCGAGGGAAAACUUUUUCUUUUUUCUUCCCGCGGAUGAUUCAGUUAGAAAUACAACGAGGUUGGGAUUAAUUUAAAGUAGUUUUGACUUUGUUCGGGAUAGGGUUUUUUCCCUCUCUGUGUGUCAAGACUUCAAACUCUGGAGGUAUCACUCUUCCUACGGACGUUUUUGAUUCAUAUAUAACUUCUUGUAACUUUAUCACAGCAAGCGGUUCGGUGUUCUUACACAAAAUGGAUAAAUACGAGGAUUUGGGACUCGAAGCGAGUAAGUUUAUCGAAGACUUGAACAUGUAUGAAGCAUCCAGAGAUGGCUUGUUUCGAAUGAGGAGGGAUGCAGGAAAUAACCCGGACUUUGAAGAGACUAGGAGGGUUUUUGCCUCCAAAAUGACCAAAAUACACAUGCAGAAACAGCAAGAGGAGAUGGCAAAAAGCAACCAGGUGAUUAAAAUGAACGGAGGUCACCACGGCGGCGCUCAUUACACCAAGGACAGACCGCCCAUCAACAGCUACAGGCAGCCGGGGGAAGCGGCGGCGAAGCCCCCGAUCCUGUCGGGCCCGGUUCCGAGCGCCGUGCCGGUGAACCAGUGUGUUCAGGCUGAAGCUCCAGCCAGCAGGGCGUACGGCUACGGAAGCAAUUAUGAUAACGAGCGCUUAGAGCCACAUUCCUCCCAUCACAGUAACUCUUCCAUGCCAAGUUGUGGAAGUCCAGCUACCAGUGCUUUGCACCCUGUCUCCCCAUCCAGAGAGGGCAAGCUGCCCCCCACUCUCUCAGGGAGCAGCAGCACAUCCCACCAUCAGCCUCAGCGCCUGCACACAUCUAACACUGUCAGUCCUUCACAAGCAACCAAUCAGAGUCCACUGUGCUCUGCUGGAACAGCCAGGGCUUGGACUGGAGAGCCCAUUGGUGCUCCAUCAUCAGAGGGCAUCCCUGCCUUUCCUUUGACCACUUUCACAGGUGAUGCUGACUAUCAUGUGCAGCAGCCUGUGAGUCAUUACUUACAAUCUGUUAACCAUAAUGGUCCUGCAGCCACUUCCUUUGUCCCAGAAAUGCCUCAACCUAAAGCCCAGGUGACCUCUGCAGCCCCAUGUGCCUCUAAGAACCAGCUAACAGCUCGGAGCCAAAUGCCUGGUGGCGUACAGGCCAUGCAGGUCAUCAGCGAUGGUCCUGGAGGUCCGUCCUCCCCUAAACCUGUCCAGAUACCUUCUACCGCUCAGCCUGUGCAGCCGCUGGAGCAGGGGCCCUCUGCAGCUGAAAUCAAACUAGAGGCACUUACGAAACAACUGGAAAAAGAGAUGGAUGCCCAGCCAAAAUCGGACUACUUUGGUAAGACUAGCCGACACCAACAAGGGGGUUUCUGUCAGUUUAUCACCAUCUGAAUGACAAAAGCACCC